AUGCGGCAGGGAACAUGGCAGAGUAAUUACUCAGGCCGGCUUAACUCCCGGCUCCGCUCCAACGCCAACCGAAAACAGCUGAACUCGUCGGAUUCGCCGGGGUAAGACAGCUACAUGACAUUGUACAUGUCAUGGUGGCACGUAGGGACACACUUACUGCUUUUCAGUCGUAAGAUAUACUUGUUGUAGAGUGAUUUAGCUUAUAAUAUAGGUUUUCGUAUAAAAUGACUUUUUGAAUUCUAUGUAUUAGGUAGGUCAACUAAUUCUGUGCCUUCUCUCAAAGCAAAAUUUCGAUGUUAAAUGGCUCAGAAUUAUUUAAAAAAAAACCUAUGUUACACUUAAAUAGAGAAUAUUAGAGCUUUUUCAAUGCAUGUAAUAUGAAAUAAGUUCUAUCUUUAUAUGGUUAGAUUUUUAGCUCUAUAUAGCCAUAGUAAGAUAGGUAAAGCAAUAACAUUUGUAACCUGUUUUUACCUUUAAAAUUUCAGUUUUGUGCAAUAUCUGACAGUAUGUGGCUACAUUUUCUUCGUUUCAAUGCCAGCUGUCGUAUUGGCCGUAUAUUAUACUUGUAUCUGGAACCCUGCAUACGUUAAUCCGGUAAGGCCUUUAUUACUGACUGUAAAACUUAAAUUUACUAAUUACAAUCGACCUAUAAUAGCAUUAGGUUGUCCAAAUAAUCCUGUGCUCCUUCUCAAAGCAAAUUUUUGGAGUAAAGGGCACAGAAUUAUUUGAAAACGUAAUAUUUUAUGUCUGCUAUAAUAGUAGUAUUAGUUGUCGUGCCUUUCUCAUCUACUUCACGAAGUUAACCUUUCUUCUCUUAAAAGUGGGCUUGACUACCCAAAUUACCUUACUAAGAUAUUGUCUUCUAUGACGUCGGAAAUGCCUUAUUACUUUGCCUUAUUUGGUAAACAAAACAAUAUUGGUCGUAUCUAUCAUGAUAACUGUACUUCUAAUAAUACCUACUCUUUCUCCCACUUAAACAGUUAUAUUUAUCGCCCUGCUCUAUCUAAACAUACAUAUCAUAUCAUUUAUAAUACUAUCAAUACUUUUAUUCUAGCACAUUCCCCAUGUAGCCAACGUAUCCUCAAAGCUACAAAGUAUUUCGAAAGAAUCGACACUUUUGAAUCGACCGGUAAAAGAGGCUCGAAUAUUGGAACGACGAGAAACUACUGAAUGUCACUGUCCUCAAUGUAACCCGCCUCCAGAAUCCGCGAUUCUGAAGGAAUUGUUUGCUACAACUUCGCCGUCACCUCGAACUACACAGACUGUGCUCACUGUGUAA